AUGGCAACUCGUCAGGAGCAGGUGAAACCCAUCCAACGGGAAUCAUCUCUGCUGAAGCCAAAAGUACUAAUAGCUGUGCUUGCUCGCAAUGCAGAGCAUAGCCUCCCCUACUUCUUGGGAUGUAUUGACAGACUGGACUAUCCAAAGGAUCGCAUUGCUAUCUGGGCAGCAUCUGACCAUAAUGUGGACAAUACCACAGCCAUGCUUCAGGAGUGGCUUAAAGGAGUACAGCACCUGUAUCACUCAGUGGAGUGGAGACCCAUGGACCAACCAAGCUUCUACACAGAUGAGCAAGGUCCAAAGCACUGGCCAAAUUCUCGGUUUACACAUGUAAUGAAGUUAAGGCAGGCAGCACUCAGAGCCGCUAGAAGACUAUGGGUUGAUUACAUACUGUAUAUGGACAGUGACAACCUGCUGACAAACCGCUGGGUGUUAACAGACAUGAUUGCUGAGAAUCUGACCCUUGUGGCACCCAUGUUGGAGUCAAGAGUGCUCUAUUCCAACUUCUGGUGUGGCAUGAGCCCUCAGGGUUAUUAUAGACGCACCCCAGAGUAUAUCCCUACACGCAAGUGGAAGCGCCAGGGCUGCUUUGCUGUUCCCAUGGUUCACUCCACCUUCUUGCUGGACCUAAGGCGCAGCGCAAGCCAAGCGCUGACCUUCUACCCACCCCACCCUGACUAUCCGUACCAUUUAGAUGAUAUCAUGGUCUUUGCUUUCUCUGCACAGCAAGCAGCGGUACAGAUGUAUGUGUGCAACAAGGAUCAUUAUGGCUAUUUACCAUUGCCCCUCAAACAGCAUCAGACUCUGCAGGAAGAGGAGGAAAGCUUCACCCACACCUUGACUGAAGCAAUGAUUGACUACACCAUGGAGCCUUCCAAACAUACACACCAUACACCAAAAGAACUAGGCAAGAUGGGAUUCGAUGAGAUCUUUCUGAUAAAUUUGAAGCGACGCCUGGACCGGCGGCAGAGGAUGCUGGGUACUCUGGCGGUCCUUGGCAUUGACACGACACUGACGGAGGCGGUGGAUGGGAAGUCCUUAAAUUAUUCCAAGCUGCAAGCAAUGGGCAUUGACAUGUUGCCUGGAUAUAAAGACCCAUAUUCAGGCCGUGUGCUGACCAGAGGGGAGAUUGGCUGCUUUCUCAGUCAUUACAACAUCUGGAAACAGGUGGUAAAACAGGAAUUGCAGCAGGUGCUGGUGUUGGAGGAUGACGUAAGGUUUGAGGCAAGGUUUCGCAGCAGACUAAUGACCAUUAUGGACAACGUGAACAAAGUGGGACUUGAGUGGGACCUGAUCUACAUUGGCCGUAAACAAUUACAGGUAAAGGAGCCAGAGUACUGGGUGAAGGGAGUCAAUAACCUGGUUCACCCAGACUACUCCUACUGGACCCUAGGUUACGUCCUGUCUUUGCAAGGGGCCAAAAAGCUCCUGGAGGCCGAGCCUCUGAGCAAGAUGUUGCCUGUUGAUGAGUUCCUACCCAUCAUGUUCAACAAGCACCCAAAAGAGGAGUACAUGGGGUAUUUUGAGAAGCGGGAGCUCAGGGCGUUUUCAGUGGAGCCUCUCCUGCUCUUCCCAACCCACUACACCGGUGAGCCUGGCUACUUAAGUGACACAGAGACCUCCACCAUCUGGGACAACGAGGCCAUGGCUACUGAUUGGCACAGAGACGACGCGAUGCGUGGGCGUGAAGAAGCCAGCGGUGAAGUGGAAGAAGAAUCCUCAACUGCUCGUUCCACCCAUGGUGAAGCAUUGCAGCUCCCCACCAGCGGCAGAAGAGAUGAACUCUGA